AAAUCAUCUUCAGGCUAGAACAGACGCAUCCUCUUGAUUUUCUUUUCCGUCCCCACUACUCUAGUCAGCAUGCCUCCGACUACCAGGACUCAAACCACGAACCACGGUGCCGGCAAGUCCGGCCGACAGCCUGCAGCAAGAACGCGUGGCAAGAAGAACAAGCUUCAUCAUUUAGAGGAAUACGACGAAGACCCAGGGCGAGCAGGGAGCGAGAAAUAUCAAAUAUUAGCUAAAGCAAUCGACGUCCAGGCAGCUAAGUCUAAGGAUUUCCUUCGAGACUUUCGAAAAGAGGUGGAAAGAAAAGGCCUGGAGCUGAAAGCUUUCUGUCAAGAUAAAGAAAAGGAAUUGACCGAAGACCAAGGAAAAAUUGGCGGGGUGAUAAAGCAAAUCUCCCAACAGCUAAUUGAUGGAAAACAUGGACGACUAGAUGCUCUGCGUAAGGAGGAUCACCCCUUAUUCCAGAGACGCCGGGCUCAGAGGGAAGAGGUUAGUUCGUUUCUAAAAGGGCUCGAGACCAUGGAGGAAACACAACUUGAGUCUGAGAAGCUGGCUCUUCCUGUGUCUACUUGGGAGCAAGAUGAGAUCAACUUCAAAGAAGUCCUGGCGUACGGUAGCAGUUACGGAGAGGUUCUGUUGGGAAACGCACUGGCACCCUAUUCGAUGGGGAGCACAGAAAUCGACCAACUAGGAUCAAGCGAAAAGGAACAGCUCGUCAAGGACUUAUUCAAAGGCGUACGAAGAAAUUCAGACCAAGAGACAUGGGGGGAAGUUGCCGAAGACUCAUUGAGACAGGUCACGGCGAUUGCACGAACUAUCCCUCUCGAGGAGGAGCGAUUUCAAUAGGAGACGGAAUAAUCUGCGGACUGCAUCCAACCAAAUGGCCUUUAAUUUUCAAAGCAAUGUAACGUAGAGAGCUGAAUCUUUGCUAGCAUGCGAUCUCUGAGUAUGAUGGGUUAAUCAAUGUCCACACAGCAUUCUUUGGAGUCAAGCAUCU